AUGAAAGCACUCAUAGUUUUCCUUCUAAUUCAAACUGUUAAUUCUCAUCUUAAUUUAUUAACAGCAACAAUAUUGGAAUUACACAACGCAUUAAAUUCAUACGAAAUAACAUCGCGACAACUGGUUGAACUAUAUUUAAAGCGUAUUGAUGAUGUGAAUCAUAAAGGACCAGAAUUAAAUGCUGUUAUUGAAAUAAAUCCUGAUGCAUUAGAAAUAGCUGAACAACUAGAUAAAGAACGAAUAAAAUUCAAUGAUAAAAGUCGAAGUUUAUUACAUGGCAUACCAAUAUUAGUUAAAGAUAAUAUAGCGACAUACGAUAAAUUGAACACCACAUGUGGUAGUCAUGCACUAUUAGGAUCAAAAGUACCACGUGAUGCAACAGUUAUUGAUCGUUUAAAACGAGCAGGUGCAAUUAUUUUAGGUAAAACAAAUCUUUCCGAAUGGGCAAAUUUUCGUUCAUUUAACGUUACAAGAGAUGGUUGGUCUGCACGUGGUGGUAUUACACGUUCAGCUUAUAUUAAAGAUGGAUCUACAUAUGGAUCGAGUAGCGGUUCGGCAGUAGCUGCUUCAAUUGGUCUAUGUGCUGUAGCCUUAGGUACAGAAACCGAUGGUAGUAUCAUUAGCCCAUCAAGUAUUAAUAAUGUUGUUGGUUUAAAACCCACAGUUGGUUUAACAUCACGUUCGGGUGUUAUUCCAAUUUCACAUAAUCAAGAUUCAAUUGGACCAAUUGCAAGAACAGUUAUGGAUGCAGCUAUUUUACUUGAAACAAUUCAAGGCAUGGAUCAACGUGAUGAAGCAACAUUAAACAAGAAUGCUGUUCGUCAUUGUAAUUAUAUACAAUUCUGUCGUGGUAUCAAUGGAUUUCAUGGUUUAAGUUUGGGUGUUGUACGUAAUUUAAACUAUACUGCUAUACCCGUAGAUCAAUUGCGAACAUUUAAUGAAGCAAUUCAUCUAAUGGCAAAAUUAGGCGUUAAAAUUAUAGAUCCGUUAAAUUUUGAAUCAGAGGAUAAACUAAUAAAUCCAUUAAAUGAAUUAUUAAUACUAGAAAUAGAUUUUAAGCAUGAUAUAGAAUUAUAUUUAAGAGAAUUAAACAAUACAAACAUGCGGACAUUAAACGAUUUAAUUAAAUUUAAUGAUGAAAAUCCAGAUAAAGAAUUUUCACAAUAUACGCCUGAUCAAGGUAUAUGGUUAGAAUCACAAAAUUCAACAAUAAUACCUGAUAGUCCAUUGUAUAGACAAAUAUUAAAUACAAAUUUAAAUUUAAGUCGUGAUGGUGGUAUUGAUUAUUUAUUAGAUAAACAUCAUCUAGACGCAUUGGUUAUGCUAAGUGAUGCUAGUACAACACCAUCAGCCAUGGCUGGUUAUCCAAUUAUAAGUGUACCAUUAGGUUAUUUAACAGAUGAAGUUCCAGAAAAUGUAGUAGGACGACCGUAUGGCAUUGCGUUUACUGGAAGAGCAUGGAGUGAAAAUAUUUUAUUAACAUUUGCUGAUGCAUUUGAAAAAGCAACAAAUGUUAGAAAACGUGUAAUACCAGUCUAUGCUCCUGUAUAA